AUGGCUUCGGCGUUAAGGGCGCCCUCAAAUUUUUCCAACAUGUCAAGUAUUCAGGAUUCUCUUGCAAAGCCUCAAUCUUUACCGAAACGUACUUCAGUUCAUUCAAUAGGUACCAGUUCCGUUCCAUCCACUGGUAUGACUUUACGUUCUGCCGCUCUUAAGAACAAAAGCGGAGGCGACAUGAAUUCAUCUAAUCAGCCUAACAAGAAAGGCAAUAUUUCUAAGCCUUCUACUGCUCGCUCCCUACAAAAGCCAGCGGUUAUCAGAACUAAAAGGACCGUCACAGAUUCUACAGCUGCAUCAGAAAGCCAAUCUCAAAAAUCUACCACUGCGAGCUCUACAUCUAAGGCUUUCGGCACACUAACGUCGAGUACGGCAAGUACUAGAGCAAUUCCGCCUAGCCCAAGUAAUCAAUCUCAGAAAUCUCUCAAAGAUCAUCUAGCUGAGAUCCGGGCAAAUGCUACCCCACGUAGGGCGUCGGAGGUAGCCUCUCCAGUAGCAACGCGCUUGCGAAAGAAUUCCAAACCUACUAUCACUACCUCCGUCACUUCAGCAACUGUCUCCCUUCGUCGUACUAACAGUCUAAUCCCCAAGACUAACGGUAGAUCAACAGCAUCCGCCGCUAAUUCUAUUAAUUCCGUGGCAUCUAAGUCACUCAUUGCAGAAAAGGAGGCUGAACUCACGGCGCUGAGACAACGUUACGAAGCCAAUGCUGCUCAGUGGAGUAAAGCUUUUGAUGCCUUCUGCAUAUUUUCACAGUGGAGCAUAAACAGGAAGGCUGAUCAAGUUGAGUGGACUUCUAAAAGACUGAAAGAGGCCGAAGAUAGUGUUACGGCUCUUUCAAAUGAAAAUACUCAAAUUAAGGCGGAUAUGGAACAACUUCUACAACAGCAUGCAAAAAGUCAAGCUGAGCAGUCCGAAGCCUGGGAAAAAGAGCGCUUAGCUCUCCGUUCUGAAAUGGAAGCUCAAAGAAUCAACCUCCAAACGGAAAAGAAAAAGGAAAUCGAAAAGAUUCAAUCACAACGCGAAGCGGAUAUUUCAGAGCUGCAGAAGGCGUACGAUGCACAACUUGCUGAAGAACGAAAAAUCUGGGCAACAAGGGUUGCUGAAUCUCAUAACAAGAUUUCAGCGCAGCUAGAUCAGCAGCAAAUUGAUCAUGAAACUCAAAUGGCAGACCUCAAGCGUCAAAACGCAGUUCGUGUUAAUGAACUGGAAAGUCGUCUGAAAUCAACUGAAUCAGAACUCCUAGGCAAUCUUGAACGUUUAACCACCGAGUGCAAUGAACUUCGAAAAGCCGCAGCAGAAGCUCGCGAGAGAAUCUCUCCAGAAUUUCAAACUGUACAAUUUCCUUCCUCUACCCAACCCGCCAUGUGCGACUUCUCUGUGCAGAUGCCCGCCUCGGCAGAGGAAGAUGAGGAAUUUCUUCUGGCUCUCCAGGCACAAAAUCGAGAAAACGGAGGGUUGCCUAAGCAGCCCUCCUCGGCUUUCAACUUCGAUGAUAUCCCCAUUUCAAUGACACGCUCUUGCUAUAUGCCACAGACGAAACCGCAGGUUCGAGCGUCGUUCUAUUCUCCGGGACCAACUCGACUCAAUAAACAGUCUCCUUUAAAUGCAACUAUGCCUUGCACGGACGAUUCCACUCUGCCGGAGGAAAUUGAAAGUCUUAAAACUGUUCUUGAACUCAAAUCUUCAGAAAAUGCUGACCUUCGGCAGAAGGUCAUGAGGCUGGAGGAACAACUAAUGAGUGCCAAAGACUUAACCAAAGAGAUUAAGGAGUUGCAAAAUAAGAAUGAAAACUUGGGAGCCCUACUGGAACUUCGUGCAGAAAGUCAAAAGCAACUCCAAGACAGAUAUCAAGGCGUGUUCCACAAUCUUGACAAGGAGAUAAAGGAGAAAAAGAAGUUAAAGAUGGAGUGUGAAUCACUUCGUUUCAAGCUACUCGAUGCUCAUCAUAGGAUUGAGCAGAUUAAUGCUGCAAAUGCAAGCGAAGAUGAAAGUGCUUCCAUGACUGAAUCACUUUAUAUGAACAGAUCUGUUUACUCUGAUGCUCGAGUUACUAGUAGCAAUUCAGCAAUUGGACGUGGAUCUCGACCGGUCUCUGAAACUCUUGAAUCUUCCAUAACUGAAGCAGAAGACCACUUUCCAGCAGGCUCCUUCAUCGCCUUGGACAGCCGACCUGCCACGAGUUCAAGACGGGUGCGUCGAGGCCUCAUGCACGAUCGGACCAAAAGACGUACACUGGCUACCGCAGAUGAACUUCAGCGUUGA